AAAAAAAUCCAAAUAUUAAGUUUUAAGAUGUGUGACAGGAAGGAUAGUUAUUUAAAUCAUUAUCAGUUUACAGGAAGAAUUUUAGGCAAGGGUAAUUAUUCUAUCGUGCGUGAAGCAAUUGGGAAAAAUACAAAGAAGAAAUGUGCAUUGAAGAUUGUCGAUAUUGAGACAGAUAAUUACAUGAAGCAGCAUUACAGACGAGAAGGAUUCUUUUUAUCACAAUUUAACCAUCCAAACAUAAUAAGGCUGCUUGAUCUUUAUGAAACAGGACGUAAUUUUAUUCUGACAUUAGAAUUAAUUCCUGAGAAUCUUUGUGAUUAUGUACGAAAUUACAAACGUGGUAAAUUAGAGGAAUCUCUAGCAAGAGUUUUAUUUCGACAAAUUACAUCGGCAGUUGCUUAUAUACACGAAAAAGGCAUUAUUCAUCGCGAUAUAAAAUUAGAGAAUAUUCUGAUAGAUACAAAUCAAUUAAUAGUAAAGCUGACAGAUUUUGGACUUAGUGAAGAAUGGGAUAAGAAGACUCCCUUGACGACAAUUUGUGGAUCACCUGAGUAUACUUCACCCGAAAUUCAUGAAGGCAAGCCAUACGGCAGUGAAGUUGAUGUUUGGGCGCUAGGCGUUGUUCUGUUUGCCAUGGUUGUGGGCCGCUUGCCUUUCGAAGUUCAAUGUAAGAAACCCGUUAGCAAGAAACAACGUCGAGAGCUCUUUGCUGACGAAACGAGAAUGGGAAUUAGAACAGUGAAGCAUCAAAAUUUUAUGAGCUCAACAUCGGUUUGUUUCAAAGAUCUCAUAUCUAAGCUACUAAAUCCCGAUCAGCAGCGGCGAAUUCAAAUCGAGGCUGUUUUAAAGCAUGAUUGGUUUAUGCUCAAUACUCAGAACACGAAGAAGUUGAGCAACAGUAAGCAAACCACGACCCCAUGCAGCACUAACAACAAUCAAUAUAUGACCAUCAAACCGAAAACAGCACAUGUCCGUGAAUAUGUUUCAAGACAUAAUCAACGUCCGAUUACGCAAGCUGAAAAGUAUCAGAGCUUAAGAGUCUUUAAUGAAGUCAACUGAUUCGAAGAGGAAAAGUCACACUGAACUGUCGUGUGUAGAAAAAUUAUGAGUCAUAAAAAAGAACGUGCAAGAAAAAACAUUAAAAAAAUAAUUUAUAUUGACUCAUCCGGAGCUUAUUUUACUAUAGCCGAAAAACAAAAAAAAAUAUAUAAUUUUUCGUAUCUGAAUAGAAAAUAAAUUUCAUUAUAUUUCCA